AUGCCGCAGCAGCUGCCCACCCUUCUGCGCCAGCAGCAGGCGCAAUCGCCGCAGCCGCAGCCGCCGUCGCACGUGGCAUCCGUGAUGUCCUCCACUUCUGGCAGAGACAGCGCUGUAUUGUUCCGGAAGGAAAGCCGCGCAACCGUCUCUUCCGCGUCGAUUGCAUCGACACGGCGUUCUCUCCUUCCACCACACGCAGGGAUUUCCGCCGUAGUGCCCUCGCCAAGGCAGCGGCAGUUGCAGCACGGACGCAACGGCCCCGCCGCCGGGCUGAUCAAGGAGGCGGCCCCGGUAAGCAGGGUAUUGGUGCCGGUUGUCAAAGCCGUCGCCCCUGCGACGGCCACCUCAUCCAUCCCACACAGUACACCGCUCACUCGCAACAGUGUCGCUGCAACAGCGGCAGCGCCAUCGUCGCAUCUCGAGUCCGUCAGCCUUGGCCCCUCAUUGGCCAGAGACUCGUACCUGCCUCAUGUGCAGGGCUCCCAUGCACACGACAAUGCAAGUACCGGGCCCGACAUGCUUGCCCUGCAAGCCGCUACCACCGGCCUCUUUGUGCGGCACAUCCGCCUCGACAACCUACCCGAUGCGUCGCAGGACGACGCCGAUGGCGACGAUACCGGCACCGCCGUGCUGCGCGGUGGUGACAACAGUGACGCAGCAUCCCCCAUCGCCUCCCCCACGCUGGUGGGCACGGCCCCUGUGAAAUCCGCCGCGCUGCUCGAAACGGGUGUCGACGACCGCAUCAAUCCAUUUCUGCUCGAUCAGCUCAUCCAGCGAAGCCGCCGUCGAGCGCGCUCGACGGCCGCCGCCGCUGGAAAGCGCAGUGUCCAUCGGAUAGGGCAGCUGCAAGACGGGAUCAGGACGCCCACCAUCCUCAAAAUCACGGCUGCGAGUCCGCGGCGGGGCGGUGGCACGACUGACAUGGUGGUGGACAGUGCCGCCGCUGAGCUGCGCUAUCAUGAGCUGCCCGCGGUGCAGGAGGCCUCCGAGGCGUGCUACACCGCGGCCCCCGGCAACGGCGGUACGGGUGGUGGCACCACUUCGACAGCGGCGACGCAGCCCGACACGGGCGCACCGGCAGCCGCAGGGACGAAGCAAGUGUUCAACCUCAUCGCCGAGUACAACGACGACCUCGAUGCGGGGGAGACGCCCCAAGCCACAGCCCUUGGGAUGUCCUCCACCGAGCACGCCCACAUUGCCGCCGCAGUGAGCGCCAACGAUGGUGCCCUUGUGCGGCAACUUGUGGGGUACUACUGCGCGCGCGCUGAAGCCAUCGCCCCGACACGCACGUCAGCGCGCGCAGCAGUGGUGGAAGCCCCAACGCGAGCGAAUAUGCGGAGUCGCACAACGCUCAAGGACAGGAACGCGAAAAACGCUUCCGGCGCGGACGAGGGCGGUGUGACGUCAUCCCCUUUCCCCUUCACGUCCGCCGCACCGAACUUCUCGCUGCUCGACGCGGUGAUGUGCGUGAGUCGCGAGUUUGUGGCGCAGCGUUCGGCGGCUGGGGUUCCCGGCCAAAGUACCAGCGCGCUCAGCGAGCGACGCCGGUGUCUGCUGGAGCGCUUGACAAGCCUGGACCAGACGCGCAUCCCAGAGACAUGGUGGGUCACGAGCCUGCAGUACCUCGGCCGCCUCGCCACCGCGACAGGGACCGGAUCCAGCACAGCCACAUCGGCUGUCACGGCGUUGAUGUUUGCGACGCCGAUGACGGAAAAUCGCCCCGGCGCACCACAGAUGAGCAGCUCGAAUCGUGCAGGCCGCAGCGGCGGGAUAGCAUCGCCGCCGCCGGUGGAAGGUUGCGCGCUUGAGCAGCCGGGCGGGUCCGGCAGCGAGGCGGGCACGGGUGUGAGGAAUGGGAUCGAAAAGGUUACUGGGAUGCCGGCUGGUCCGGUAAGCAGCGGAACCCUCUGCGGCAGCGACGGUCAGCUCGUGUUUGGCGCCGUCUCGUCCCACCACACCAUCUUCCCUGCUCCCCGUCCGGUGGAACGGUCGCAGGUGUACCUCCUGGCGGAGGUGCUAGACCGCAUGCUGCGCGACCCGUCCCACCCGCAGUGGCUGGCGCUGCUUGCCGAUCCGCAGGUGGCGCGCUACGUACUCGGCGACGGCGACGAUAUAGAGGGCGACGACGGUCAACAACGCAGCAGCAGCCACGACACCCUUGACGCCGAUCUCUGGGGCACGCCUGGAGAGCAACGGCUCUUUGCCUACACGGACGCGGCCACACACGUGCUGGAAAUUCUUGACACUGGUCUUGCUGAGCUGGUGCGGCAAGUGGCGAGCUACUGUUUGGAGCGCGGCGCCUUGCUCGAUCUGCUCCGCCAGUCCACCAUGGACAUCGCCAGCGCCCAUGUGCACAUCCUCAGCCAGGUGAAGCGGCAGGCACACAUUGAUGCGCUGGAGGCGCAGACACUGCGAAAGGAGAAGGCGCAGCUUCAGCAACAACUCGAGGCGGUGCAGAAGGUGCUCGCGGAGCUGCGGAGCAGUCACGCCGAGCUCUGCACCCGCGUCGAGCCGCUCCAGCGCAAGAGCGACCGACUCGACGAACUCAUGGCGCGCGUUGCUGCCAAGGCGCGCCGCUUCGAAACCUUCCGCCACGACGAGAACGCCGCGCUGCUGCAGGUGCUGAAGGAGUCCAUGACGCAGUCCGCCGGUGCCGCGCUAGACAAUUUCUUCAAGGAGAUGCACGACUUGGAGGUGCGCCACAGUGGCCUUGAGGAAGCGGCCACGACGCAGCUGAACGGCAUCACGGGCGAAGCGGCAGGGUACAGCAGCGGUGACGGUGCGGCGUCGCCCAAGGCUACCGCCGAGAUGCCGUCCGUCGCGGCCGCGCGUAGUCAAGCCCUCGAGCAGCAGCAGAGGAUGGAGCAACUCUACACGGAGUCGCACCGACUGCUAUGCGGACUGCAGAACAUGGUGACCGCGACGAACGCGCUCUGUGGGCGACUCUAUGACAAGAUGAUCCUGAAAGACGUGUCACCCGCGGCCAAGGUCGCCACGUCUCGCUGGGCCUCCGUCGCGCGGGCCGUCGGCGCCUUCGAGAGGGAUAAGCGCCACCGCCACCGUGUGUGCGAGGUGUUCAUGGAGUACUGCACCUCAUACCGUCAUAAGCGCGGUGCCCGCGCAGAUCUUAAGGCGGGGCGAGAGGGCAGCGCGGCGUCAAGCAGCGUGAACCACGGUGACCGGCACACCUACAGCUGUGGCGAGGCGUUUCUGGUGGACGACAGUAAGGAAACGGGGUGCUCCGACAGCGGCGCGGGCAGCGAAGAUCCACUGCUGGCGCCCAGUAGGACCUCUGCGCGCCUGUCGUUCACGGAGGGGGCGACGCCAGACGAGGGGCCUCCGCGGCGCAACAACCUCACCGCGAAGGGCAAGGAAGACGUCGACAUUGACCAGGCCGCCUUCGCUGCCGGCGGCGUGCGGGAGCAGAUGCGGCACGAGGUGGUCAUGACGGGUGCCAUCAUCACCCGCGACGAUCUAGAGGCGAUGAAGGCAACGGAUUGCACGGUGGACGAAGUAAACGCCCUCUUUCGCAAGAACUUCGACAUGCACAAGUACCUGCGCGGAUCAUGGCAGCAGUACGUGCUAGAGCGCCAGCAACAGGAGCAGCAUGGCGCCGUGGUGGUGACCACUACGACAAGCGGCCCUGGCGGGAAGCAGACCACCGUGGAGAGCACGUACAUGCUGCGCUUGCCGGACGUGCUACAGAUGCUAAGCGACGUGCAAGCGACGCUGGCCGAGGUGACGGUGCGCAUGAACGCCAUGGCGAAGAGCGCCGUGUUGGAGGCUGGUCUGCAGCCGCCUCUUGAGCCCCCGUCGCACCCAGAGCAGCCCUGCCCGCUGUGCAGCCGCCGCGAUACGUGUGAGCUGGAGCGACAUCGGCGGCGUGAGGCAAUGUCCCGCAUUGCGCGUGACUUGCAACGGAAGAUGGAGGCAGUGGAGGCGAAAAGCCGUGCAGCGUUCACAGAGCGUGACCAGGCGCUGGGCGAGGUACGGCGGCUCAAGAUGGAGCUGCAGCACUUAGCCACGGUCACACCUACUCGUGGGCCGUCUGUGAUCGGAGCACAACAGUUGUCAGAGAUGCAGCCGGAAUCUCUUCAAGCAUACCGUCAGCAGCGACACACGUCUCCGCAAUGGCAAACAGGGGCGGACAGCACCUUCGCGGCUCCGCCCGUCCACCACGUACCUGCGUGGAACUUCGGCAGCGAGGCCAACAGCCCUGUUAGCAGCAGCAACAGCGCUGUGACCGGCGUCGCAGGUCGCUCAGAGAACUCAGCAGACGUGUCGACGGUGAUCCUCAGCCAGGCGGACAAGUGCACGGUCCCGCCCAUCGUUACUGGUACGAGCGGGGGGACGUCGGUGUCAGAGCGGCAGAAUCACAUUAGCUUCCUGGGAGACGCGCGUGUCGACGACAGCUUCACCACCUUGAGCUACAAAGAAGGCGACCACCUCAGCCACCCCUCCAUCCCUUCAAAACGCCGCACCACCGCCGAGAUGCCCAACGACACCACCGGUGACGCAACGCUGUAG